AUGACUAACACCUUUACGAUUAUGGACUAUGUGCAGGCAUACAUCGGCGUUUCCUCCUUCCUGUCUCUGAGCUUCGGACCCGACGUUGCAUGGGAGCGCGCCAAUCGCUUCGUAUACGCAUCGUACACUCGCUGGCAUCCGCCGGGCAUCGUACCCCACGACCCUUCACAAGCUCUCUUCGCACCUAUACAACCAUCUUUCGGAGUUCCCAGUCACUCUAUUCUAUUCGCUAUCUCGACUGCUCUGUCGACUCUACACUUCUCCGACAUACGUUGGCAAUCACACGAUGGCGGACAGACGUUCUCGCGAUACUGUACCCUGGAUAUGAUUGCUCCUAGUCCAUCGCAUGUCAUUCCGUCUCGCAUCUUCAGGCCAUACAACGGUACUAGGCGUCGCGGGGCAGCUACAAUGGAGAACACAGAUAUGCUGCCCAUCUUCUUCACCCAGACGAAUGGGCUCCGCGUCGGCGUAUCGAUCGCAGAAAGUGCCGAUCUUAGCGUCAUACCGGAUGUGCCCACUCGCAUCACACGCUCGACUGUCAAAGUCCUUCUACAUCUUCGAAACUACGGUCUUGAGGAGACGCAAGUACGACUGCGAAACAACACGACGGGUCCCAACGUUACCGCUCGUCAACUUGCUAGGCAAGUUGCAGCGGCAACCCGUAUUAUCAUUCGAAAAGCCGCAGCGAAGGAAGUGACUCUGAUGACCUGGGAGGACGCCCGAUGGCGCUUUGGCUCGGGUCCGGGAUGCAUUAGGAUCGAGGAUGUCGAAGUCGUCGGCGUCAUCUUCGUAUCGCCGGGCAAGGUCACACCGAUGUUGCAGCUGCGCCCAGACUUCGUUCCGUCUUUGCAUCUAUCUCUCCAAUAG